CUCAGUGCGGAAUCCGACGUCAAGAAGUUGCUGCAGCCCAUACAAACAUGGAGUAUCGUGUGCGCAAGCGUGACGUGAAUGGUGCCGGCCGCUUGCCACGCUCGCUGGAGGAGGUCCUACCUGACGCGGUGGUGCGCCGUUUUUUAGUGCGUGCAGGCUUCCGCUCAAGCUCAGACCGCGCAGCCGCCGAGGUACGGCGUCACGUAAGCGACUUCUUCCGCCGCAUUGUGGGCUGCAUGGUGGUCAUGAUGCAGCACGACGGACGCCGCAGCUUCCGCCUCGUCGACGUCAAGCGCGCGUGCGAACACUUCGGUAUCCGCAUGUACGGCUAUGACGACAUUUGCCUGCUAGCGGCCGGCCGUGUGUGCGGGUCGGAGGCUUUCCAUGUGACAGAGUUAGUGGAGUGCAGCUCGCUCUUCAGUCGACCUAUUGACGCGAGCGAUGAGCCUGAUACGGAACCGGGUGCGCACUACAAGAAGACGGACUUUGUGGCCAACUACACGGCGUGGAGGGAAGAGAUGGGGGAAAUGAACGACCAAGUGAGCGAGCCUAGUGAGUGGUCGUACUCUGACAGCGACACAGAGACUGAAGAUCAGGAUAUGGACACAGACACUUCGCAGCCGUGGCAACCUGAUGAGGAGAAGUUCAUGGCGUCGCUGCAGAAUGCACAGGAGCUGGUGGACGAGAAGCUACUGCACCCGGAAGACGAGGAUGCUGAGGACCAGCCUGGCCAGGGAUACUACUCGGACUACGAUGAUAGCUAUGAACCUGAGUACUUGGAGAGACAGCGAGCUUAUGAGGAGGACGAAGACGCACGGUGGAAUAAGGUUGGACAACUUCAUGUGUUGCAGAACGACGAGGAUAGCGACCCUGCCGAGCUGCAAGACUUUGGAGGCAGUCCGAACCUCUACAUCAUUACACGCCAGGAGUUUUUGCGGGUUUUCCGUACGCUGCUGAAUCUCACACUUAACUUGGGUGAGCUGCAGAUCAGCUCGGUGGCCCUGAGUGCCUUGCACAACGCUACGGAGCAGUGUCUGCACCGCUCCCUUACUGAAGGCUCGCUGCACUACCAACUCGCAGCUAUCCUGAAGGAACAGGAACAUGCUAACUCGACGAACCAGCUGGAAUUGGAGUUGCAGAUGCAGCGAGAGAAGGUAAAUGAGCUGUGUGAGACCAUUGCUGCUAACAAGGCAGCGUUCAAGGCUAAAGAAUUAGCGAUGCAGCAACAGAUCGAGCAGCUCAAGAAACAGCUACUGGGUCAGCACGACGUGCAGAUGGAAACUUCUCCUAUCCUAAAGAAGAAGAAGUCGCCUGGAAAGCGGAAAGCCACGACUAGUAAGAAAACUCACACUGUGCGGAAGGGUCUGUCCAAAUCCUCAAAUGAUUCUACGUCCGUCGUAGGUGCGCUGCGCUCGCGGAGUCAGAAUCACUCUGAAUCGAAGAAGGUCAAGGUCAGUCUUGUUUGAGGACGAUCAGGUGACGACGACAAAUGCUAGUGGUGCGAUGUACUCGUCAUACUGUUCUCACGCUUGCUCGGUCCAGUGUUCUGCAUGUGUGGGAGCAGUUUUUGGAGCAAAGGUAUCACGUGGGCAGCCUUAUCGCUGUCACAGCUUUCUCGAUCAAUAUUAGCUUCGGCGGCUCUAAUUGUGGCUGUCACGUGACAAACAUGCACGAACUCGAUUAGGUGCUGAAAGAAUUCAUCGCCGAACGUGCUGCAUGGGAAAAUAUAUGGUUAGUCAUGUUACAACAAGAGCAGAGUCAUCUAACACGCACCUUAGAUACGCUU